AUGACGGAAAAUAUCCCGCCCGCAACCACUGCCGUCGCGACCGGCCCUAAUGGCGUCCCGGCUACUGCUGGGUCGGAACAAGUGCAGAGUCGCGGGAUCCCAUAUUAUGAGAAGCUCAGACGCGAACUGAGAGAGACAAUACAGAAGAAGCGGCUAAUGGAUAAGAACAUGGCCGCCCUAGAAGAAUCGAUAUACCGCUUCGAACAAUCCUACCUCGAAGAAACUGGUGCGGGAAACAUAAUUAAAGGGUUCGACAAUUACAUCAAAGGCUCUUCUGGCGGGUCAGGCAUAGGUUUCGGAAGCAGCCUUGGAUCGAUGACUGGUGGCAGCGGCACAGGAGGCCCAACCACACGAAGAAAAUCAGCGGUCCAAGACACCGACCGGGUGUUCUCGAGGAGUUCAGCUAGUUUUAUGAGGAGACUUCCAACGCCAUCAGCAAACAGCAACAGCAACAACAACAACAACAGCAGCAAUCCACCCGCCCCCAACACCGUGAAGGCGAGCACGAAUAAGAAAAACAGGAAAUCAUCCGCCGCGACGAUUGCCAACGCGAACGCAAACGCCAGCGCCACUUCCAACGCCAAUUUUAAUACCAGCACGAGUACAAAUACAAAUGCAGGUGCUAAUGCAACUGCAAAUGCAAAUGAUGCGAAUUCGGGUAAUGGGGCUGGGGGCGCGAGGGGACGGGAGAGGGAUGGAGACGAUGAUGCUGAGUCUGGAGGUAAUAAGCCGCCAGUGAAGAGGUUGAAGAUUACGUACGGGCGGGAGUGA